GCGAGCAGAAGGAAUAAAACAAACAUGCUGUCAUGUUAUGCAGUUCUAGUUCACACUUUGGAGUGACAGCCAAACGUCUAUAAAGAAACAUGGCUGGGAACAUAAAAGAUAAAGAAGCAUAUCAACGCCUGAACUUCCUCUAUCAGGCUGCUCACUGCGUUUUGGCUCAAAAUCCAGAGAAUAUUGAACUAGCAAGAUUUUACUGCUUCACUCAGAAGACCAUCUCCAAACGACUGGUGCUCAGACAAGAUCCAUCAGUGAAGAGAACCAUUUGCAAGAAAUGCUGCACUUUACUGGUACCAGGUGUCACAUCCACUGUAAGACAAAAAAGAGGACCAAGACGACAACGUAAGACUAUUGUAAGGUGUUUAAGUUGUGGACUGACCAAACGGUUCCCAAACAACCCUAAAUAUAAAUUGUGGGUGGAUCAACCGGAGGCUCAGCUAGAAAACCAGACAUCACAAGUUGCUGGUCCUUCAUCUAAGUCCACAACCCAAGGGAAGAAAUCGGAUAUUUCAAGUGGCUCAGCGUCCACAACAGCGAAGAAUUCGUCUGCAGCUCAAACAAAUCUGACUAAUCCUUCAUGACACUCACUUUAGGAGACUGUCCGCAUACAUUAAUAUGGCUGGUUCAACAAAGUGGAUGUUUUUUUUAUUAUUAUUAUAGUUUUUUUUAUUUUAGUUUUGCAGCCUUUAGAUUUAAAAAUGCAGUUAUUAUUUUCCUGACAGAAUGUGCAAUAUGGGUUUUCUUCCGCAUUGAAUGGCUGUUUUGAAUUGCAAUAAAGUAUUCGUACUGUAAAAGGCUGAUUUACAUUGCUAAUGACUUUUUAUCCUGUACUUUUUUUUGGCACGCUUAAAUAUAAUUGAACUCUGCACGACUUCCUUCUAAAGAAGCGUUUGCUUUUAUCACCCGGAGCGUUUGGAAUCCUGGUGGGAAUUCAGUUGACUACAUAAAAAUUGAUUGAUCUACUGUUGCUAAAUUAUCUCUUUAUC